AUGCACCCAAUACAUGAGUCCUCCAAAUUUCAAUCUGAGUUAGCGUCAUAUGUAGUCCUCGCGGAAGCUAGUCAUCUCCGCGUCAUGCCCUUUGAGUGCGGAGCUUGUGCCCGUCACGAAUAA